AUGGACAAGAUAGAGGUCAACUCUAACCAGGCUCCGGCCUUGAGGAGAAGCAAUAGCGGGAUGGAGGGUCAGCCGCAAGGGAACGGACACGGGGACAGGCACGUUCAUAGCAUGGACAUCCCACGGAGUCGAAACAUCCAGAGGAUUGUGCACCACACAUCCUUCCAUGAGGGAGCAAGGGAAGAAGAAUUCGGACGAGCCGCGUCCCUGGACGUCAACACCGACGUCUUGAGGUCCCAUAGUCUCGCUCGCCAUAGCCACACGGACCCCGGCGACGAUGGACAUUUCAGCAAGCGGCCUGACCGCUUGUCUUUCCGCAAGUCCAUGAGCCUGCAGAAUCCUUUCCUGAAGAGACAAACCCUGAGGAGGGAAAACACUUCCCUGUCCUGCUACGAGACUGUGCUGAAGAAAGUGCGAGUGGUAGGGAUGGAGGACACAGCUCUUCUUGCCGAGGGCGUGGCGUCAGGCUGCAGUCAAGGCCAGACAAGUGCCAUAACCAAUGACAAGGAGUUGCAAGAAUUCCGAGAAAGCCUUCAGAAACUCACUGACCCUGAAUUGAAUGCCUUCCAAAGAUUCUUGCAGACUGGAGCAGUCCCGCUACACCCGAAUUCAUUUGCUCGCAUGAGUUGGGAUGGAUUUAUGUUCAUCAUAACAGCUUAUGCGCUGAUCUCUGAUCCUGUCAGCAUCGCUUUCACAAACGACACAUCUCCGUCAUCUUUCCUCAAUGUGACUGACCGUAUUGUCACUGUGUUCUUCAUGCUCGAUAUCAUCUUGAAUUUCUUGACUGGCUACAUCGACAAGAAGGAGCAAAGGGUGAUCAUGCACUACCGGCCUGUCGCUUACUUCUACGCCAAAGGAUGGCUUAUACUGGACCUCGUAUCGUCACUUCCUCCCGAAGCCUUCACGGGUUUCACCGAGAACUCGAUGGUGAAGGGAGCGCGGGUCUCCAAGAUCCUUCGCUGCUUCAAAAUCUCGAGGCUCGCGCGGAUCGUCCAAGUGCUGCAGCUCAACCUGGACGUUCGACUUUCUCACUUCAUGUGGAAGAUCAUCGUCUGGAUCUCCUGCUGCUUCAUCUGGCUCCACUGGACUACUUGUGCUGAGUGCUGGGUGUGGACGAGUGUGAACAGCGACUAUCGCAUCAUCGACCUGCCCACAGGAGGCAACGCGUUGGGAGGAGACCCCUCCUGCAUGGCAUCGACAACUUGCACAGCCAGGUAUUACCUGCGAGGCUUGAGGACGGCAGUUGCGUUCAUGUGCGGUCACGAUCAAGCGACGGGCUCGACGUACCCGGAGGACAUUCUGGCGGUGAUCUGCUCCUUGUCCGGCUCGGUCCUUUACUCGUCCUUCAUCGCUGUCUGCAUUAGCCUCCUCAUGGAGAUGGACGCGGAGAGGGUGCGGUACAUGGGGCAGGUGGAAAGGCUCAACCACUACAUGGGAAGGCGCAAGGUGCCGCUGGAGCUGCGGCAGCGGGUGAGGGAGUACAUGGAGAUGCGGUGGAUGACAAACGGAGGGUCGGACGAGAAGGAGGUGCUCGAGUACGUCUCGAGAAGCCUCCGCCGCGAGCUCACCAUGCACAACGCGGAGAAGCUGGUGCGAGGUGUUCCUUUCCUCAACACGGGAGCCAAGGGCUUCGUCUUCAGCGUUGUUCAGGUGCUCAAGCCCGAGACGUUCUUGCAGGGUGACGACAUCAUGAUCUCGGGAGAGAUCGGGCAGGAGAUGUUCCUCCUCGAGAAGGGCAUCCUCAACGUCAUCGCUCCUGACGGAGUCACAGUCCUGGAGAGCCUCAGCCCCGGCGCAUGGUUCGGUGAGAUCGCCCUGCAGCACCGCACUAUCCGCACGACGACCAUCCGAGCUCAGACCGACGGGACCCUCUACGUGCUGGAGCGAGAGGACUACGCGCGGCUGCUCCCCUUCUUCCCAGAGAUGGAGGAAGAGCUUCGGCUGUCAACCACCAAGAUACUGGAGCAUGCGAGGAUAAGCAUGGACAUGCACUCUCCCGGCUCCAGCAUGUUCGACAUGCGCCAACGCGUAUCGCCUCUCAACGAGUAUCUGCCGCCGAGCCCUCCUCUCACUCCUACGGCCAAAAGCAAGAAUCUUGAUCCUCUCAAGAACGACGAGGAGGACGAGGAGGAGGGGCUUAAGAAAUCGUCCAGUUCUCGGCUGGAGACGAUCGACUGCGGCUGCCGAGCAUCAUCUACGAGGAGGAUGUUCAUGUCGGGGAAAGAGGAGAAACGAUUCAGCGGGAGUCGACGGAAACGCGCAGAGUCGUAGAUGAGUGGGGUGGAGGAGGAGACUGAUCUUUGCACAGGAGCUGGAAAUUGCUUUCAACGGAUCGCUUGUGGAGAAAGGAGGCAUUAGAUGACGCUCCUGCACAUGGUCUGGGCUACUAGGUGGUGUGUGGACAAUCAUCUCUAUCAGAGGAGGACGAGGAGAAGGGAGGAAAAGUUUCAAGAUGCUUUAAAGGUUCAAUCACGUC